UACAUAUCUGUGUCUCUGCCUCACUGAUAUAUAUAUAUGUGUGUGUGUGUGUCCUCCCAAUCUGAUUCACCAGGAAACACUCGGCUGCAGCUAUGGAAGCAAGGCCUCUGGCGGUGUUUUGGGCACUCUGUGCUGCACUCUUGGCAGCAUGUCAUGGCUGUUCUACAGGAAAGGAGUUCAUCACCACAUUUCUUCCUAACGCAAGGAGUGACAGUAGAAAUGAUCAUCGCCUCCACGUGGUUCUGACGGCUCAGGGCUCUGAAGCCGAUGUUAACAUACAGGUGGCUUCGGUGAAAUUCAACACGCAGCUGAGACUCUCGCCACGUGAAAGCCGUUGGGUUUCUCUGCCUUGUGGAGCCGAGCUGCAGAGGGAAUUUGUCAACGCCAACUCAGCUGUUCGAAUCUCAUCCAGUACUGCGAUCUCUGUGGUCUCUUUCAACCGCCGCUUUGCCACAGGAGACGGCGGCGUGGUUUCCCCAACCAAAGAGCUGGGCACUGACUACUUUGUGUUCACACCCUCAACAGGCAAUAGUAUGGACAAUGUAUUUGCUAUCGUCAAUGGCAAUAACCAGAACCAGAUCACCAUCAUACCUGAUGCCAACGUAAGGCUAACAGGGGGGACGAGGUGGCAGCGUGGGACGCCGGUGGCCAUUGUCCUUGCACCCUAUGCCUCCUACCUCGUCAGAAGUCAAGACACUUUGACAGGCACACGGAUCCGGUCCCAGCAGCCUGUAGCUGUGCUAGCGGGCAACCAGUGUCUGUCGCUGGGUGGUCGGUGUGAACAUGUGUAUGAACAGCUCCCCGCUGUUACAAGCCUGGGUAUGGAAUACAUUGUACCCAGGACCGGCACGGCUAUGGCCACAGACUAUGCAGUGAUAGUAGCGGUUGAAGACAACACAGAGGUGACACAGCACUCGAGGAAACAGAGGCUGAGCACCGCCGGGGACGCCACCAUUAUUAAACUGAUCUCAAAACACCCACUGGUUGUCAAGAGUAACAAGAACGUUAUGGUGCUGCUUGUUAGCGACAACAAGCCAUUUGACCCUUUUCUAAUAACACUGACCCCUACCUCCAAGUUUGCCACGGAUUGGGCGGUGGAGACAAUGGGUGAACUUCCCAGCACUGUUGUUAUUCUGUCAGAGAAGGAGGGGGCCGGCAGUGUGAAGGUGUGUGUGAAGGAGGGACAGUGUCACUCACCUAAGUGGCAAAACUUCUUGGACGAUAAGCAGUGGGUGUGGUCCAACGUUGCAGUGGGGACACUUCAGAGUCAUGUGACAGUGGAAGGGGACGCCCGUAUGGCAGUCUACGCCCAUGGUGGUAAAUCACGCCACGCAUAUGGCAUUGCUGGAGUUUGUUCCGAAGAGACUCCACUUCCUCCAACACCCACAGAUCCCUGUGAACAGGUCAAAUGUGGUGUAAAGGAAAGUUGUGUGAAGGGAAAGUGCGUCCAUGUUUCUACGGCAACCUGCCACGCGGUUGGUGACCCCCACUACUUGACAUUUGAUGGCCGACGCUUUGAUUUCCAGGGUACCUGCACUUACAUCAUGACAACAGUUGUGACGACGGCAUCCGACCUUCUGCCGUUCACUGUGACGACCACGAACAACCACCGUGGCAACAGCCGAGUUGCUUUUGUGAGGAGCGUUACCGUCAGUGUUCAAAAUCAUACAAUAAUCAUCGGCAGUCAAAGAGGACAAGUACAGGUGAAUGGAGAGCUUCAGUACUUGCCAGUCUCUUUGUUGGGAGGCAAGGUCUCCAUAAAGCAGAGCGGAAUCUAUGCUACACUCACCACAGACUUUGGUCUGAAUGUUAAGUAUGACUGGAACAUGAGACUGUACAUCACAGUGCCGUCUUCCUACUAUCAACGCCUUGGAGGCCUGUGUGGAAACUACAAUGGAGACAGGAGCGACGACCUACCUGAACCUAAAGGCUCCAGUAUAUCCGCUGUGCUGACCAUGAUCCAGAAGUGGAAGACCAAAACGUCCGAUCUGUUCUGUCAUGAUAACUGUGCCGGUCACUGUCCCGAGUGUUCGCAGCAGCAGCAGGCCCGCUUCAACCAUCCUGACUUCUGUGGGAUUCUGACAAAAGCAGAUGGGCCAUUUUCAGCCUGCCACAACAAGGUCGACCCCUCUAUGUAUCUGGACAACUGUGUCUACGAUGUCUGUGUCAAUAAAGGCGCCAAACAGAUUCUCUGUGAUAACCUGAAGAGUUAUGCUGAUGCCUGCAUGUCAGAGGAUGUGAAAGUCAACCCUCAGUGGAGAAUGAUUACCAAAUGCUUCCUUUCUUGUCCCGAAGGAAGCCAUUACGAGGCUUGUGGGUCCCCCUGUCCCGCCUCCUGUGUGUCCCCGGACAGCGAGAAGCUGUGUAAAGGCCCCUGUGUGGAGGGGUGCCGGUGUGACGAUGGACUGGUGCUAAGUGGAGACAGAUGUGUUCCUCUGCGUAACUGUGGAUGUCAGUAUAAGGGCAGUUAUUACCCAGCAGCCUCCACUUUCUGGGGUGAUAACACCUGCACCACCAAGUGUGAAUGCCUUGGAGGAAACGCCAAGUGCAAACCAGUCACCUGUAAGAAGACGGAGCACUGUGCCCUGGAGGGCGGCGUCAGGGACUGCUACCCGACAUCCCAUGCAACGUGCCAAGGCUCUGGGGACCCCCACUACCAGAGCUUUGACGGACGGCGGUUUGAUUUCCAGGGCACUUGCACCUACAUCCUGUCCCAACACACCAAGGGACUGGACCAGGACCUGGAGCCGUUUCAAGUGCUGGUCCAAAAUGAGAACAGAGGCCGUAACAAGGCUGUGGCUUACACCAAGUCUGUCUCCCUUACUGUAUUUGGUAACCUCACUGUCAGCAUGAGUCGCGCCGAUGCGGGGAGAAUGGUGGUGAACAGCCGGCCUGUGAACCUGCCCUACUCCACUGAAGAUGGAAAGCUCUCCCUCUUCCAGCGUGGCUACUUUGGCCUUGUCACCACAAAUUUCGGUUUGACGCUCAAAUUCAACUGGAACAGCCACGUCAUCUUGACUUUACCGAGUUCAUUCUCUUCUGCUACUGGAGGCUUGUGUGGAAAUUACAAUGGAAAACCUGGCGAUGACUUACAGAAACCUGACGGCACCCAGACGACACACGUGAGCUCCUUCGGAGACAGCUGGAAGGCAGGAGGAGACCUUGGCUGCACCAGUGACUGUCCUGCUGGUAAAUGUCCAGAGUGUGAGCCGGCGCUGAUAUCACGUUACCAAGAGCGGCGCUACUGCGGCAUCAUCGCCGACAAGCUGGGACCGUUUGGACAGUGUCACAGCAAACUGGACCACAGCUCCUACCUCACGGACUGCGUCUUUGAUUUGUGCGCGUAUCAAGGCCACGCCUCCGCCCUCUGCAACAGCCUAUCGACUUUCAGCACCUCUUGUCAAGAGGCGGGAGCGAAAGUGGGGAGUUGGAGAACCGAACAAUUCUGUCCUCCGUCGUGUGGGGCAAACAGCCACUAUGAGAUGUGUGCCCCCACCUGCCAGCUGACCUGCAGCGGCCCUCAAGCUGGCUGCGACGGGAACGCGCUCUGCACGGAAGGCUGCGUGUGCGAUGACGGAUUCCUGCUGAGUCACGAUAAGUGUGUGUCUCUAGCAGAGUGUGGCUGUCAGUACCGAGGACAGUAUUAUCAAAAUGGACAGGUGUUCUAUCCACGAGAGUCAUGUGACACCCGGUGUGUGUGUUCAGAAGGUGGGCAAGUACAGUGUGAUCCGAAAUUCCGCUGUUCAGCCAAUGAGAUGUGUGUCGUGAAAGGGGGCGUGGCCUCCUGUUCUCCCAAGAGCAUCGGCUCCUGUUCUGUGAGCGGCGUCAGAAACGUCAGAUCCUUUGACGGACAGGCGUAUCCUCUGUGGGGAAACUGCUUGUUCAUGUUGGCAGAAGUGGAGGAGGUUGAAGGAGGGAUGGAAGCCUUCUCUGUGUUCGUACGGCAGCAAACCUAUAAGGACGGCACGGUUUCUCGCAGUGUGGCGCUCCAUGUUUACGACAUGAAGAUCACUAUGGAGACUGGGGUUGUUUGGGAAAUCAAGGUUGAUGACAUCAGAGUUUCCCUUCCCGUGUCACUGGCUAACGGACAAGUGCGAGCACAUCAAAAUGGCAUCAACAUCAUAGUCGAAACUGACUUUGAUCUGAAGCUGACCUACGACAGCGUAGCGGGUGUGAUCCUACAAAUCCCAUCCACCUAUAGCGGCUCGCCCCGAGGUCUCUGCGGCAACUACAACGGCAAGCCGUCCGACGACCUGGCGGGCAAGCAGCCAGGGGACACGUCAGCAGCUUGGGCCGUGACGGAGGACGAUACGUCUUGUGACACGAGCUGCGGUGCCGGUUCCUGCCCUGAGUCAGACGAGCAGAAGGUCCCGGAAGCCAAAAAGGCCUGUGACGUCAUCAAAGCCCAGCAGGGCCCAUUUGCAGGCUGCCACGCAACAGUGUCCCCAACUCCCAACUACGAUGCUUGUGUCAGGGAGAUGUCCACAGGCAAAGGGGGCGCAGACGUCCUGUGUCGUCACCUCCAGAAUUAUGUCACAGCGUGUCAACUUGCCGGCGCCAACAUAAGCAAAUGGAGGAGCGACACUUUCUGUCCUUUGAAGUGUCCAGCAAGAAGUCACUAUGAGCUGUGCUCCACUUCCUGCUCCUCCACGUGCUUCUCUCUGCAGGAGUCGGGGCCCUGCCCGGCCUGCCAGGAAGGAUGCCAGUGUGACGACGGCCUCAUGUCCGACGGAGGCCGCUGUGUUCCUGUUGAGCAAUGUGGCUGCGUGGUGGAUGGACAAUAUUACGGGACGGGUGAAUCAAUAGUACGGGAGGACUGCUCGGAGCGCUGUGUCUGCCAGUCUGGAAUCUUCAGCUGCAACUCCACAAGCUGCAAACAGAAUGAGGAAUGUCGCAACAUCAAUGGAACCCUCGGCUGCUACUUCAAAGACCCGUGUGCGCAGGUUGCGUGCAGAGUGAAGGAGCACUGUAAGGUGUCAGAAGGCCAAGGAGUGUGUGUUCCUGAUUCCAAGGCCCAGUGCUGGUCUUUCGGCGACCCGCAUUACAGCACAUUUGACAAAUUCACCUACUCGUUCCAGGGAACCUGCAGCUACGUCCUCGUUAACACCACAGGUCUUGACCCCUCCCUGCCACAAGUAACUGUGACCACCAAGCAUGAGCUCCGUGGGAACUUUAAAGGUUCCUUUGUGCGUUCAGCCACGGUGGAGAUGUUGGGCCAUCAAAUAACCAUCCCAAGCACCAACCGAGGGGUCGUAUUGGUUGACGGUAUUAACACGGUGCUUCCUGUCAUUCUUGAGCAAGGCAGCCUUUCCAUAACACAAUCUGGAAUCAAAGGGAUAAUCCAGACUAAUAUUGGCGUCGAAGUUACUUUUGAUUGGUCCACGUUGGUCAUGGUGUCCCUCAGCAGCAGCUACUUUGGUAACGUUAAUGGACUCUGUGGCAACUACAACGACGACAAGAAGGAUGAACUUACGACAGCAAGCGGCAUUCCGGCUGUCAACUUAACGCAGUGGGCGGCGACGUGGAGCGUCGAGGACAACGACCCAUUCUGUUACCAUUACUGUGAAGGCGUGUGUCCUCAGUGCUCGGAGAAGGACCGCACACGGUACACUGGUCCAGACUACUGUGGGAUCUUGAGUGACAAGAAGGGGCCUUUCUCUAGUUGCCAUGGCAGCGUCCCCGUAGCAGAGGUUGUGUUGGACUGUUUGUAUGACGUCUGCGUCAGUGAAGGCCGGCGAGAAGUCCUGUGUGAGGCCCUGAGCAGCUACCUCGCCGAGUGCCAGGAGGCCGGGGCGUCUGUGUCGCCGUGGAGACAACUGGCCAACUGCUCUGUUGCGUGUCCAGCCCACAGCCAAUACAAGCUGUGCGGCUCGGCGUGUCCCCCCACCUGUGGUCCUCAGCCGGACAUCUGCCCCAAGGUCUGCGUGGAAGGCUGCUUCUGUGACCCGGGAUACGUGCUCAGUGGAGGACAGUGUGUUGUCAAGGAGGAGGGCUGUGGCUGUAACCACGACAACCGUUACUACCUGCCAGGUGCCACGUUCUGGUCCAACUCGCUGUGUCAGGAGAAAUGUACGUGUGACGCAGAGACACGGAAGGUGAAGUGCAAGCAGGCAAGCUGCCGGACCGGAGAGCAGUGCGGCGUCGUGGACGGAGUCCGAGACUGUUACCCAGUCAGCUUCAAGACCUGCAGCGCGCGCGGAGACCCGCACUUCAGCUCCUUCGAUGGACGCAGGUUCGACUUCCAGGGGAACUGCGUGUACCGGCUGGCCGGCACGUGUGGAGACCACGCGGGUCUGACUCCCUUUGAGGUCAACCUGGAGAACAACAACCGCGGCAACAAGAGAGUGUCUUAUGCUAAAGUGGUGUCUGUUAAUGUAUAUGGCAGCACGUACACACUGUCAGUGGACCACCCAGGGAGAGUGCUGGUUAAUGGGCUUGAAAACGUCUUACCCUUAUCAAAUCCAUCCAUUCCGUCGGGGGUCCAUGUUUCUAUGAGAUACAGACAAGCUGUCAUUGAAACCAGCUUUCUGAAGGUCUCGUUUGACUAUGAGAGUGCAGUGAGGGUGGACCUGGCGACUAGUUAUCAAAAUGCGACCUGUGGUCUUUGUGGAAACUUCAACAAAGACCCUGCUGAUGACCUGAUGUUGCCAAACGGGAAGCUGGCCUCCAACGCCAAUGAGUUUGGGAUGAAGCAGUGGGUGGCGGACGCUGCGGGCUGCUCCCGUGACUGUAAAGACUGCGCCCAGCCGCUGCCGCCCGACUUCAAACCACCCGCCAACGCGUCGGUCUGUGAUGUCAUAACAGCAAAGGACGGGCCCAUGGCCGACUGCUUAGGCCGAGCAGACUCCAAGCAGUACCACGACGACUGCGUCUACGACAUGGUGCUCAGCGAAGGCAGGGAGCAGGCGGCCUGCGCCAUCAUCAGCGACUACGUCGACGAGUGUCAGAGACACAAAGGCUCCGUGAAGGCAUGGCGGACGAAGUCCCUCUGCCGGAUGCAGUGUGGUGCAAAUAGUGUGUACAGUGUGGCGGCUCCCGGAUGCCCGGCCAGCUGCACUUCUCCGUCUCCACCCGCCAAGUGUGAGUUCGCGCCCAGCGAGGGCUGCGUGUGUGACCCCGGCUACGUGCUGAGUCAGGGUGACUGCGUGCCACUCGCUGAGUGCGGCUGCAAAUUCAGCGGCCAGUACGUCGUGUCGGGUCAAAAGUUCUACGCCGACUCAGCCUGCCGGCGCCUGUGUGCGUGCAGCGGUGGGAGGGUGGCCUGCGAGGACAAACCCUGCAAAGGAAAGACGAGCUGCGGCGUGCAGAAUGGUGUGAGGGGUUGUUACGCAUAAGCAUGUAGCAUGUUUGGUGACGCCUCAAAAUAAUGUCUGAAUUAAAGCCUUUUUUUCAUUGCAAUCAAAUGAUCGGCCGGCAUUCACUGAAAUGUGGAAUACAUCAUGAUGGUGGUGCUUGUAAACCACCCUGCUUACAAAACACCUUAUUUCCUAACAAUGUAUUCCAGGUCAUAACACACUAAAAUUACUGUCUUUUACUGUUACAACUAAAACCACUUUAUUAAUUCUGCUUUAUUUGCAUAGUAUGGGAUCAUUGCAACUGUGGAUGAUAACAGUAUGUAAUGUUUGUAAAUCACUACUCACAGUACAUUUCAGUCCUAACUAAUCAUUCCUUUUCUAAUGGUCAUUAAAAGUGUGUCAGCAACUC